AUGGAUGGUUUUAGAAAUCGGUAUAUUAUGUUUAUGGUUGAUAAUGAGAAUUGUAACUGGUUGGAAGAAUUGAGAGAAUAUGAUGGAGAUUUUGUUACUAUUGUUCGUGAUCAAGGAAAAGCCACUUGUUGCUGGGCGAUCGUUGUGGCGGCUGCUAUCGAAUCCUGUUAUAACAUCUUCUUUGCAAACAAACCUGCUAUCAUUCUAUCUCCACAGGAGUUAUUUGAUUUUCUGAAACCUCAUUCUCCAUAUAAUUUAUUGGACAAUUUUGGUGGCUACGGCGCCAAUUACAUAGAUGCAUUUACUUAUGUCAAGGAUUAUGGCAUCUCUAAAGAAGAGGAUUACCCUUUUAUUGGUAGAAGACAACUGGUCAAUAUUGAAGAGAAGCAAAUAUAUAAGAUGAGUCCUGGUCUUAAUAUAAAUGAAAGAGUUGAUGAUAAAUAUGACAAUCCAGCUAAACACGCGGUAUUAAUUGUUGGUUUUGGUACGGAUCAAGAUGAUAACAAAUUCUGGAUUAUAAAGAAUUCAUAUGGAUUACAUGAUUGGGGAGUAAAUGGGUAUGGCAAAAUUUGCCCGUACCUCUACUUAUAA